AUGGGGCUCUGGGUACUCGAGUCGUCGUCGAUGGCACAUGUUCCAGGGACGACCCGGUAUUUCGACGACCCUGAGCGACCUCGAGCUGCGACGUCAGGGACUGCGGGCUUGAAAUGCGACACCAGUGGUUCGGUUCCCAUCAUUCUGAUACCACAGCCGAGCGACGAUCCAAACGAUCCUCUGAACUGGCCGUUAUGGAAACGCGAUCUGAUUCUGUUUAUUCUAUCCGUGGUAUCGAUCUUUGCGACCUCACUAGGGUCAAUCUUAGCGGCCAACACACUUACUCUAUCCUUACUUUUCGAGGAGAGAUUUACAGAGAUAGCAGUUCUCACCGGGUAUUACCUCCUCGGGGUAGGGGUCGCCGGAAUACUCUGCGUGCCGUCCGGGAGAAUUUGGGGAAAGAGACAUUUGUACCUCCUAGGAACCGUAAUAGUCUGCGUAUCGAGCGCUUGGGGUGGAGCAUCAAGAAGCUAUGAGUCGCUUCUUGCGGCAAGGAUUUUCCAGGGAAUUGGAACAGCUCCGUUCGAGGCUCUUGUGAAUGCGGCAGUUGGCGACUUGUACUUCGUCCACGAACGAGGCAAGCGUAUGGCACUCUCGAACUUGGCUGUGUUUGGAGGCGCCUUCUUCACUCCCAUCUUGGUUGGGAAGAUUACACAUACCAUCGGAUGGCCUUGGACGUUCUACUUCAUCGCUAUAUUCACUGGCGCCUGCCUGCCUUUCGUCAUCUUCUUCGUGCCCGAAACCGCAUACCGCAGAUCGCCGCAUCUGAACAUCGAUAUGGCUCCCUCGGGCGGGAGUGAAGAAGACAUCCACAUGUACCACAGACUUAGCAGUCCCGGCCGUCAAACUCGAACAUCUAACGAACCAGGAGCACCGACGGCCCAGAACAUGGGCGCGAAAGACAAACAGGCUUUCGCGGAUAGCAACAACCCCUCUUCCGGAGCAGAUAUUCCGAAACGAAGUUUUGCAGAGACGUUACUCCCCUUCAACGGCAGGAAGACGGAUGAGAGCUACUGGAAAUUACUGAUUCGCCCGCUCCCCCUCUUUGUGCACCCUGCCAUCAUGUGGUCAACUCUGAUCCAAGGAUCUAUGGUCGGCUGGACUGUUUUCAUCGGCAUCAUUCUCGCCGCGAUAUUCAUCGGGCCGCCUCUCUUUUGGGACGAGGUCAAUACUGGAUACGCCUACACGGGGGCCUUCCUCGGUGCCGUCGGCGGCUUCAUAAUUGCCGGGGCCCUGGCCGACUGGAGUGCGAAAUACAUGACGCGCAAGAACAACGGUAUCUACGAACCCGAAUUCCGGAUCGUCCUUGUGAUUCCGCAGCUGGUGAUCGGCUGUUCCGGGCUGUUCCUCUUCGGCAUCACCGCCGACCGGCUCAUCGAGUUCUCGUGGGUGUUGCCCGUGUUUGCCUUUGGGCUUGAGGUUGCCGGGAUGGUGAUUGGCGCUGUCGCCGCGAGUCUGUACAUCGUCGAUGCCCACCGAGACAUCGCCAUCGAAGCAUUCACCUGCAUCCUCAUAUUCAAGAACUUCUUUACCUUCGGCCUCACGUUCAGCGCCUACGACUGGCUCGUCGAGGCCGGCAUCUACAAGACCUUCAUGUGGAUCUCGAGCGUCCAAAUCGUCAUUUGCAUGCUCAGCGUUCCGAUGUACGUCUUGGGGAAGAAGAACCGGGCAUUCUUCCACCAACACGACAUCUUGAAGCUGACCGGCUUGAAUUGA